UAGAAACUCAAAGCAAACAGUCAAUACAGACCAAAAGAAAACAAAUCAAAUUAACGAAAAUGUUCAAAUUGGUGGUAUUGUCUGCUCUUCUCGCCGUAGCCGUUGCCCGUCCCGGUCAUCUGUAUGAAUCCCCAGUGGUCUAUGCCGCGCCAGCAACCACAAUUGUCCAGGAGAACGUCUUGGCCAAGGUUGGUGCUGUGGUGAAGAGUGUGCCCACCUCUGUCUCCCAUCAGAGCCAGUCGGUGGUGCAUAGCUCCGCUCAUGUUGUCGAGGAUGUUGUGGCUCCCGUUGUCAAGUCAACGCCUGUGGUUAGCUAUGCCGCUGCUGCUCCAGUGGUACACAGCACUUGCUGCUAUGCACAGUGCCUGCUGCCCAGUUGCACACAUUGCAGCUUCCUCGCCGCUGACCUACACUGCCACAGGCGUGUGGUAAGGACACCUCAGGAUUCGCAGGAUGACAGUGGGACUUGCAUUGUUGGACGGUUUUUGUGAUACGAUUUUGAAUAAAUAAAUGUUUUUGCCUUUGAA